AUGCUUGCUGCACCAGAAACACCACUGAACUCUGAUCCCCUGUUCUACUUGAUCGGGGACGAAGUGUCAACAGCCCAGACUGUGACACUCGAUGCCAAAUGGAAGCUAGAAGAUGUCAAGCGUGCCGUGGGAGCCGUUUUCCAUGUGGCCGCGCCACUAGGCUUGAGCUUCCACUACGGUGAAAACGAAAAAGACCUCUCCACGGUGGAGGAAAUCUUGCGUGCGCCCUCAUCACAAACCUUGCCUAUCGGUCUCCGUGUCGAUGGCCAGGCAGUUCAAAGCCCCCAAGGUCCUGAAGGCUUGCCUCUCGUUGGAAGCUUCUACGAGAUCUUCCCCGACCACCUGGGGAACCACUAUCGGCUGUUCCGCAAAUACGGCCACGUUAUAAAAACCACAAACAUGGGCAAGACUACGUACCUGACCGACAGCCCCGAAGUGGCGGCCAUUGCCUUGACCGAGUCUGUCUAUAUGACCAAGAAAAUCAAUGAGAAUCAUCCUCUCUGGGGUGUUAAGGAUAACACAGCUAUCUUCAUUGGAGAUACUGAGACGGAGAACUGGAGGCUGGCCCAUAAAUUCUUGCCGCCCGCGAUGGGCCCCAAAGCAGUCCGCCACUACACUCCCUUGAUGCAAGAGUGUGCACGGAAAUCCUUCGCAAUUUUCGAUGAUCUCGAUUCCAGCGGCCAGUCCUGGAAUGUGUACCAGUACAUGCUGAAGCUUGCCUCGCAAACCAUCGGAAAGUUUUCGCUAGACGCUGACUUCGAGCAUUUCACCGCUGUUGACGCUCCCUUGCACCCUAUUGUCACCAACAUCGCUAGCUUGCUAUCUCUCAACAAGAAGAUCACCUCCCGAGGUGAAUGGUACCGCCAUCUACCCUUCGGUGACCCUGCCCGUUUCAAGCUUGUCCAGAAGACAAUUUACACACUUCUCCAGGAAAGGAUUGACCUUCUUAAGGGGUCUGGCAUCGACGGUAUGCCCAUGGCCCAGGCCGCAACUGAGGCAUCCUGUGUGGUUGACUAUCUCCUGAACACCGUUGACGAAAGCGGCCAAAAGUUCCCUGAAGGCCUGAUCGUCGCUAACAUGCUGAUCGUCACUGGUGCUGGAUUCACUACGACCUCGGCUCUAAUGUCAUGGCUCCUUUACUGCCUUGUCACGUACGAAGGCGCCCAAGACCGUCUGUACAAAGAGCUAUGUGAGCGUGGCAUUACCAACGGGGACGUUGAAUGGACCCCCGAGCUGGCUCACAGCCUGUCCUACCUCGACUGCUUCGUUAAGGAAACUCAGCGCCUGCAUAACGCCUCCUUCCAGCCCGGCCGGACAACCAAAACUGACGUUGUUCUACCCGGUGGCUACCGUCUCCCUCCUGACAGUGUGAUCAUUCCCAGCAUUUACGCUAUCCACACCAACCCCGAAAUCUGGCGUGAUCCCUUCCAUUUCGACCCCGAUCGCUGGUCUUCCAAUGAGACCAAGAAUAUGCACCGUUGCGCUUAUAUUCCUUUUGCUACUGGCCCUCGUGGAUGCAUUGGAUUUAACUUUGCCUUGCUUGAGGUUAAGAUUCUGCUGUCUGAACUUGUCUCCCGCUAUGAGUUCACCCGGGAGGGUCUCGAAGCUGUCGAGUAUGAUCCUGAGUUCCAGUUGAUCCGUCCAUUGAACUUUUAUGUUCGGGCUAAGAAGAGAACUACCACUACUUAA